AUGACCACCAGUUCGGAUGUACUGACCCUGUUGCAGCGCCCGCUGGAACCGACUUUCUACCCGAAGGACGAUGGCAAAACCGUACUGGAACUGCCGGAGAGCUACCUUACCGAUCGCUACCGUCCGCUGGGAAACGAGCUGCAAUCGCGCUUCGGUGACAAUGUGGAUGUGAAAAUUCCCGUCCGGGACGUCGGAAAGCCGGACAUUGCGUUCGCCGAGGUGAUCAAGCGGAGGGGACCGUUUUCGUUGUUCAUCAAGAAACAUCAGGAAAUCGCCGGACGGUUGAUUGAGCUGUUUCUUCGACAGCCGGACAUUAGCACGCUUAUGGGAGUUGCAGCCUACUGUCGUGAUCGGCUGAAUUUCUAUCUGUUCCAGUACGCAUUCUCCGUGGCUGUGCAGCAUCGAGAGGAUACGAAAAAUGUGAAUUUGACGUCGAUUUUGGAAUUAUUUCCCGAUCAAUUUGUGGAUCCGGCCGUGUUACCCAAGUUGAGAGAAGAGGGUAAAGUCGUGAAGCAGAGCGAUAGGAUGGCGAUCGAUAUACCGAUGAACUACACGGCAUCGGAUCGUGAAGAUGAGCAGCGGGUGGCGUACUGGCGUGAGGACAUCGGCGUUAAUAUGCACCACUGGCAUUGGCAUCUGGUGUAUCCUACGAAUGGUCCUAAGGAAGUGAUCGAUAAAGACCGACGAGGUGAGCUAUUUUUCUACAUGCACCAACAGCUCAUCCAUCGGUACAACGUUGAACGAUUCUGUAACCGGCUGGGUAGGGUUAAGUCCAUGCACAACUUCCGAGAACCAAUUGCACAGGCUUAUUUCCCGAAGAUGGUCAGAAGUGUUGACAACCGAGCCUACGCUGCUCGUCCCGAAAGGUACACUCUAAAGAACAUCGAUCGAAGUGUUGAAGGUCUCAAAUUUACAAUUGGCGAAAUGGAGAUGUGGAGAGACAGACUUUACGAAGCGAUUGAUUCCGGGUUCGUAAAAGAUAAAUCGGGUAAAAAUAUUCCAUUGGAUCCAGUGAAGGGCAUUGAUAUUUUGUCAAACCUACUGGAAGCCUCGGAUCUUUCGAUAAAUCCUGCUUAUUAUGGUAAUCUUCACAUUUCCGGACAUAUUGCCAUUGCUUUUUGCCAUGAUCCGGAGGACCGCUAUCUGGAACCGUACGGUAUUAUGGGUGAUGUGGCCACGGCUCAACGGGAUCCCUCAUUCUAUCUCUGGCAUUCGUUCGUUGACGAUGUUUUAGUUCGACACAAAGACUCGCUCGACCCUUACACCGCAGCUGAGCUUUCCUAUCCGGGCAUAACCGUUACGAAUCUGAACGUUUCUUUGAACCGGCCAAAUGUAGUGCCAAAUGUUUUGCUAACCUACUGGCAGCGCUCGCAGGUAGAUUUGGCAGCCGGAUUGGACUUUGGCCCGAAGGGAAAUGUUUUCGCGUCGUUCACUCACCUGCAACAUGCUCCUUAUGUCUACAACAUCGAAGUCAAUAAUAGUAAUGCCAGGCCAAUGCGGGGAACGGUUCGAAUUUUUAUGGCACCGAAACAGGACGACCGAAACGUUAAUCUGAAGUACGACGAGUGGAGGCGCUACGUGAUCGAGCUUGAUAAGUUUGCGGUUUCGCUGAAUCCGGGUGUCAACCGAAUUGUUCGCCGUUCGGACCAAUCUAGCGUGACGGUGGCUUACAAUCGGACGUUCCGUCAGAUAAAAACCGAAAAGGAAAUCCCGAACAAAGGUGACCUGGAGCAGUUCCGCUUUUGUGGUUGCGGCUGGCCAGAACAUAUGCUGCUUCCCAAAGGAACAACCGAAGGCAUGGCGUUCGAUCUGUUUGUGAUGGUGUCCAAUUACGCCGGAGAUAGCAUCGGUCAGGAAUUUGAUGAAAAUGUUAAUUGCAACGAUUCGCAUUCUUUCUGCGGUUUAAGGGAUAAACUGUACCCGGACAAACGCUCGAUGGGUUAUCCGUUCGAUAGAAAAUCCCCAAACACCGUACAAUCGUUGCAGCAGUACAUGGCUCCGAACACGAAUAUGCGAGCUAUAGAUGUGACGAUUAAAUUCCGGAACACCGUGAUUGCAAGAACCUAAAAAUGAAGUUAGUGUGAUUUGAAAACAGUUAUUCGAUGAAAAAACAUUUGAAUCAAAAAAGCAUAUACCUACUUGGAAAAUUGGGAAUAAAUUUCUAAAAAUGUUAAAGGGAUCAGUAAGGAUAAAAUCUAAAGGAUAAAUUUUGGUGAUUCAAACGUGUGAGAAGAAGUUACCUAAAGU